AGUUCACUCUCCUAGACGAACGCUGCUCACUCACACAGAAUGCCUGUCGAAUACAAAUCCGUCCCCCUAGAAGACUUCUCCGAGCACUUCUCCACGACGAUAGAACUGUCCAGCGUCGCCCUCGACGGCCAAGUGUGUUCUGUUUCAGACGAAUUUUUCGCCAGUGCGCAUCACCUUUUGUCGGUCGAGCCCGCGCCAAGUCUCAAGGGCCAGUUCGGACCAAAGGGUGCGCUUUACAGCGGCUGGGAGUCCCGCCGGCACAAUCCCACCUACGAUUGGUGCAUCAUCAAGCUCGGAUGUUCAGGUGUCGUCCUGGGUUUCGAUGUCGACACCUCCCAUUUCAACGGCAACGAGGCGCCUGAGGUCUCAGUCGACGCCAUGUACCAUCACGGGAGCCACCCGGCGGAAGACGACUGCAGGUGGCAGGAACUCCUGCCGAGGGUGCGCCUUGGGCCAAACUCCCGGCAUCUCUUCAAGAUCCCGCAGAGUGUGAGAGUCAGCUACGUGAAACUGAACAUGUACCCCGACGGUGGCAUCGCCAGGUUUCGCGUGUACGGCCUCGUCGAGCCCCAAUUUCCAUCAGAACUGGGACAAGUGUUCGAUCUCGCCCUGGUCUGCGCGGGAGGACGAGUCGUCUUCACUUCAGAUCAACAUUUCGGCGCCGGGUCCAAUUUGAUUCUUCCUGGAAGAGGUAAGGACAUGGGCGACGGCUGGGAGACGAAGCGAAGCAGGGAGCCCAACCACAAGGAUUGGGCCAUUAUAAAGCUGGGAGAUGCCGGUCUGCUCUCGUACAUCGAGAUCGACACAGCCCACUUUAUGGGCAACUUCCCCGAGUCGUGCGAAGUGCACGCAGCGUACAGCGCCGAUGUCGUGCCGCAGGGUUUCGAAGAGAAGGACUGGACGCUUGUCCUGCCCCGCACGAAGCUGGGACCCCACGGGCAGCCCCGCUUCCUUCUCGAGAACGUCGACAGGCCGUACACGCACGUCAAGGUCACCAUUUAUCCGGACGGCGGUAUCAAGCGGGUGAGGGUGUUCGGCCGCCGGGCGUGUGCACGGAGCAGGGCGGGUGUGGCGCAAGCCGGCGAACCCUUGACGACUGAGCACACGGCCGUUGCACUGCCGACUGAUGAUGCGUCUCCUCCCUCCGACGCGUCGGACACCGACCAUCCCCCGCGCGUGCACACGACGACGACGACGACGACGACGGUGCUGCCCGCGCUGCCACUGAGCCCGGAGGCGUUUGCGCCGUUCGGGCAGGUCGUGCAGGCGUACGCGGACGUGCACGCGGUGCCUGACCCGCGCAGCACGCGCGUGACGGGCGCGAACGGGGGCACGGCGGUCAAGUUCCACAAGCUCGCGCUGCUCGAGUCGGCGUACCCGCUCGGCUCGGGCGCGAGCACGGGCAUCUCUGUCUACCGGUGCACGACGCCGGUCGUGCGCGCGCGCGGCGGCGGCGCGUGGGCCGUCGCGCUGCUCGAGCGGCACCCAGCGACGAAGCAGGCGUUUGUGCCGAUGGGCGAGGCCGUCGGGAGCAACGCGCUGGAGGCGACGCCUGGGAAGCGGUACCUCGUCGUCGUGGCGCUCAACGGCGAGGAGGACGACAAGCCGGACUUGCGGACGAUGCGGGCGUUUGUCGCGUCGGCCGGGCAGGGGAUCAUGUACAACACGGGCAUCUGGCAUCAUCCGAUGGCGGUUCUGGACGGCCCGAUGGAUUUCGCGUGUGUGGAGACGCAGAUUGGGAACGGAGACCCGCUUGACUGCGAGGUGGUUUCUCUGGAUGGGUACGCGGUGGAGGUGCCCGCCGCCUAAGUAGGCAGCUCAUGUACACGCGGGAGAAGUGACCGAAUCGAGUAACUGUCUUUGUG